GUAUUGCCACGUCUACCGUCGAAAUAGACGCGUGAAAUAUUCCCGUCUAGCGCGAAUGCUUGUGUUUUAAAUCGCUCCGCAAUGGGAUGGCUGCGAAGACUCCGUUAAACUAGUUAAACUACGAAAGUAAUCAGCUAAAUCAUGAGCUUCUCUCGGGUCGUGAAGGAGUCCUCAGCGCUUAGCUCAUUCUCGCCAAACGGAAAACACUUGGCUGUCCCGUACACAACGAAAGUGACCAUCUACAAUGCCAUUACGUUCCAGGAGAUAGCUACAAUUUCAAACGUUGAUGUUGUUGACGCCAUCGAGUGGUCUCCCGACUCUAAGCUGCUGUUGUGCGUGUUGCUAAAGCCUAAAAUAGUUCAGGUGUGGCAUCCGGAGGACACAACUUGGAAAUGCAGGAUAUCGGAAGGGUCGCUCGGGCUCAUCAGCGCAUGCUGGAGUCCCGACAGUCAGCACAUCUUAACAACAGCGGAUUUUCAGAUCAGGACGACAGUCUGGUCUUUGGUAGAAAAGUCCGUGCUUUACUUGAAGCAAGCCAAGUUGCCUCUGUCUCUGCGUUCGUUCAGUCAGUCUGGAGAACAUCUGGCGGUGGUUGAGCGAAGGGACGCCAAGGACUUCGUCAGCAUCAUCAAUUGCAAGACAUGGACUCUCGAACGGAAUUUCACAGUGGCAUCUGAAGACAUCGCCGACCUCUUGUGGGCUCCAAAUGCCGAUACAUUCUGCAUAUGGGAGUCUGCGAGAACAGGAUUUCAACUCUACGUUUACAACGCCGCCGGUGUUCAGCUUGCUUCGUUUGGCCUCAACGAGGAGAUUAUUGGUAUCAAGUCACUCUCGUGGUCGCACUGCGGGCAGGUGGUUCUGCUUGAGAGCUUUGACGACAAGCUAAUGCUGCUGGAGACGGUUGCUUGGGGCAAACUGUUCGACUACGUGCUCCCAGAAGUGCUGACAGACAAUAGCAUGAUUAUAUAUAAAGAAGUCAAGACGAAACAAACCAUAAAAAGGGGGCCAAAACCUAUUGAAAGUUACUACGAGGUUGUGCCUAUUCGACCGGUGAGUCCCGGAUACCUGAUCAGCGUCAGUGACAGCGUGGAUAUGUUGUCGCAACAAACAGCAGCUAAGCUCAGCGCAAGUCAAAACUACCUGGCACGAAUAUCAGCAACGUUUCCAAAUGUUGUCUUCAUCUUGGACAUCAGGAAGCUCGUCCUCACUGCCGUGCUGGUGCAUCUGACCCCCGUAACCUGUAUUGCCUGGGACUACCAAUCGGACAAGCUCGCCAUUUGUACCAAUGCGAAGCACCUUUGCAUGUGGACGCCCUCGAAUGCACUCACGCUAGAGGUGCCCUGCAAAGGACCUUUUCACAUCAAGAGUUGCCAGUGGAAUCCAGGCAGGAAAAGCCUCAUAGUCCACGGACAAGAUGCAGUUGUACUUUGCAGCCUCAGCCAUUUGGACUGACCGAAAAACCCACCACUGGCAAGCUUCGCUCACAAAAGAAGGAAGGAGACGAAACAGCGAGUUUUAUAUGAAUAUAAGCCUUUUAUUGUAACAUCUGUGAUUUUUUUUUUCUUCUUAAUAUGCACCUUUCCGCUUCUUUUAAUGUACACAUCUCCUAUUCCAUUUUUGCUUAGCAGCGCAAGAACAGGAAGACGACCACUUAUACACCAGCCACCAAAAAAGUGUUAGGCUCAACAAGUAGUCCAUUAACAAAACACAAAAGCGACGAUGCGUGCCUUGUGGGAGAAUCGCGAGUGGCGUCAAAAAGAAGUAAUAGGGGAGGGAGGUCCCCCGCAAAACACAUCCGCACUCGCUACCCCUAGUGACCAAACUUCCAACAACAUGCGCGUUUCAUACUGCAGAGUGCCUGGAGAGACUACUAUAAAUGGCAGAAAAAAAAAAGAAAGCAUAGCAGGUUCCGCAUAGGUAAUCAACAAUAAAUUACAUAAGUGCUCAGGUCAUGAACGUAAGGCUGCGGAGAGGAUUGAUUGCGCUGGCCGCAGGAGUCCGACGAGGGGGGGCAAACGAGGGGCUUGACUACAAUAAACUGGAUCUAGUAACAAAGUGUUGCGGUCUAAGGUGUUUGCAUGUAGUGGCACUUGCAUUCUGUCGUGCCCGCAGCUUCAGUGUUCAACAACUUUCAAAUUAACUGUUGCUCCCUCCAUGCCAGACAUAAUACUACUCGCAACACAAAAACAAGACUUCAAUCAGUGUGUGUGUUAAAGAUAUUGGAGGAAAAAAAAGAUUGAAAUAAGCAUUCCUGGGUAAA